GAUGGGGUCCCAGAAUGUAAAUACUCACUCAUAAGGCAUGUUAUCCAUAAAAGGUGCAUCAUGCAUGUUAGUGAUAGGAGUUUCUUUGCUGCAUUUACUGGUUUUAUUUACAUGUAGGUGUUGCAUAUGAAGGCAUCCAGAAUGUUUUUAACCCACUGGUAUGCUUGCGUGUUAAUCUCUAUACACUUAGAUCUUUAUUUAUUAACAGCUUUAUUUUUAAGAUUAAAGGCUACUGGUUUUCUUUUACUAUUAGUUCUUGAACCUCAGGUUAUGGCACAAAACAUUUGGGGAUUUAAUUUGUAACCUGAGUAGAUGUGCUGUAAGGUGUUAAGUACUACAAAAGCAUUAACCAUGGUACUUUUGUUAGUGGACUAAACUAUUUGAGAAAUUUUUUUUUUAUUAUUAUUUAUUUAAAGAGGAAAGUAGUUGCUUGUCUAUUCAUGAAGAAAGCAGUGCAGGUCUGCUGUAGCUACCUCUGUGUGUGUGUCAUGGGUGGAUCUUAUAAAGUUACACGCGCACACCUGAUUUACACAGCUUGAGCUGUUGCUGACUGAGCUCGAGCUGUAAUUGAAGACAAUGAGUUUACCGGACUAUAAAUCUUCUGGAAAACAGUCCUCAGCACCUGUGCAGUCGAAAUCCCAGGUUGUGCAGCUGAAUAUCGGAGGUCAUGUCUUCAGCACAUUCCUGGGGACCAUCCGGAAAUUCCCAAACUCCACACUGGCAGACCUGUUUAACGGAUCCAGCAAACGGAUGGACCCCGAGGGUCGUUACUUCAUAGACCGCGAUGGGACUCAUUUUGCAUACAUCCUUGAGUACCUUAGAGCAGAGAAAGUUCCUACUGAUCACCUGCAGGAAGUGCACAAAGAGGCGCUUUACUAUGACAUCAAACCUCUGGUGAAAGCCAUUGAGGAGACGCCUCAGUUCUUUGGAGAGACGGUCGGAAGACAGCAGUUUUUGUCCCGUGUGCCGAAUUACCGUGAAAACCUGGAGGUGAUUGUCCGGGUGGCCAGAGCGGAGGCCAUCGCCUCACGCUACUCCAAUGUAAUCGUGUGUGUUGUGAGGACAGAAGAUGAUUUAGCCAAAUACAAUGAUGCUAUUGACAGUCUCGGCACCCCAAAAGAGUCCGUGGUGAGCUUUGGUCCGUGGAAAGCUCCAGCAUCAGUGGAUGACCUGUUAGAUUGCGUCAAAACGGACAUAGAGGCCAAAGGAUAUAAAGUAAAGAUACAACCACACAGCACAGACAAAGGGUUUCUCUUUAAGAGCUACAACUUCUUCUAUAAAUUGGUUUUCACCUGGUGGUAAAGAGUGUGAGGCUCAACAUUUUAGGCCUUUCAUGACAUGGAAAAUGAAAGAAUGUUUUAGACAUGAUUACCUUAUCACACAAAUCUUUAGCAGACCCAUAUGACAAACAGCUGCUAAUGUAUAUUGAAGAUCUUAUUUGUCAGUAUCUGUUCAACCCUUGUUUAAUAUUGACUCAAGUCAUGCUAUCCUGGCCUUUGGCUGAAAAUAGCUUCUGCAUGGACGUCUCUUGCCAUGUUUCACAGACAGGUCUUAGAUUAAGGCAGGAUUAGGUUAGGGUUAGGAAGUUUAAGUAGCUUUUUAGGUUAGAAAGAUGAAUUAGUUGACUACCCCUGUACAAAUUAAAACAUCUAUGAUCACCAUAAUGACAAACGUUUUCUCAUUGGAAAAAAAAUAAAAUCUUCAUGCCUUAAAAUAGCUUGAAUAUAACUACACCCUUACCUCAUUUAUUCACGAAGUUCUAUGAAUAUGCAAGUUAGCCCCGCCUCCAUCCACUCACACCGACCACACUUUAAUGUGAUUGGUUACAGGGUAGAUUGUGAGGUCAGAAACACCAGCAAUUACAAACUGCGUUUUUUGAGACAGUCUUUAGUUCACUGCAGUUAAAGAGAAAAUACUCAGCAAUGGUGUUGACUUGCACCUUGACCUGCAUCUUGUCGGAUUUGCACAUGGUUUGUCUUAAAGCAUAUUAAAACAUUAGAAAAACAUUAGUGUUGUGCAGCUUAAGACAGACAAUGACACUGACAUAUUUUAAGGUAUACCUGUACAAAUUUCCUAGUUAAAAACAGCUCAAACAUGAGUUUUAGUCUAGGCCUUUAAAGUUUUAAAGGAAUAUUCUGGUUAUUUAUCAAGCUAUUUUUUUAUCAGCAGCAUUUAUGGCAUGCUGUGGAUUCAAACAGAAUGUUAUUUUGACUAAAGUGUAUGUGUGCAGAAAUGCACUUAAAAUAGAAGUCUUUGGGUAAAACAUGCAAUUCAUCCUGUUUAUUUUAAGUCUUAAGUGCAAGUGUUUGCCACAUCUGUGAACUGUGCCAUUUUCUUUACCUUUUUACAUAUACCUUUUUUAAUAAUCAGCUCAUGCAUUCCCAAUGCAUACUUUUAAGAGUACAAUGUUUGGUCCACAAAAGGUCCACUUGUCUUCGUAUAGCGCUACAGUAUGUAUGCAUAAAAUGUCUGUCUUAACUACUGUAUUUGUCUAAAAUCUGUUCCAUUUUUUCACUGCUAAGACUCUUGGGAAGAACCAUUUCCUUGUGGAUCAUUAAAAAAAGUGCAAAAAAUGCCUGUUGUCUUAUUACUUGAUAUGUAAAAAGUCACGAAAGAAAAGCAGAAUGAUUUCAACAAGACCUUAAUGGGUUCAUGUUCAUGGGGAGAUGUUGUGCCACUGCCACCCUUUUAACUUUUAAAUUUGUACAAUAGAGCUGUUUUAGUUCAAAAUGUUUGAAAAUAAAUGCAAUUACUCAAAA